AAGUCGCAUACAGAUUCAAUAAUUUAUCGUAAUUUACCGAUUUCCGCGUGUUUCCGUUAUCGGAUAUUAUCUCGUACGUUUCGCACAAUGUAAUGCCACGUCUUUGUGAUAUAAUAAUUAUACGCACUUAGUAAUAGUUAUCGCGAUAGUACGUUAGAGUCAAGCAGAGGUGUAAAAAAUCAAGAGAUUAAAUAAUAAAUAUAAUUAAAACAGCGUGAUUUUUUCUUUCUAUGCUGCACGUGCUGUCUUAUAUGCGCUAGAAAGUACGUAUCUAAUAACGCAGUGAUCUCGAGAGUGAAGGCAAAACCUAUAUAUUAAAGAUGUAAGAAAGUUUACGAGCGUACGGGAAUAUGUAGUUCCGCCGUUAUUAAGAAAACAUUAAUUACGAAAGUAGAUUUACUCGCCAGGUUUAUUUGCUUUAAUCUGCAGAUAUCACGUUUUAGAAAUGGCUUACAAAUCAUUGCUUUACGAAUCGUCCUCUCCUUUUUUUUUCUUUUUUUCUUUAGUAGAAGUCGCUGACUCGCUAGUGGCGAACGUUUCAGAUGUAAAUCGAAAGAACUGAGAGUUUAAAAUAGCCGGCAUGUAAAACAGCCAUAAUUGAAAAGUACAUUGAAAUAUAAAUUAUUACCAUACGAUUAGUCUCGCACGACUGAUUUCUCGACUAGACGGCCAUCACACGUGUGAGACCGGAAAAUUACUAUUAUUACAGCGGCCGCUAUGUCGACACGUGAUUUAAAAAGCGUAUCCCAAGCAGAGGCUCCAGUAAAUUUAUUCUUAUGUUUGUAUAUUUGCGCGCGCUAAUGCGUCUCUUCCUUCACUCUAUCGCUUGACGAAUCUCCCGUAUUUAUGUCAUAAUCUAGAUAUCCGGAAGCGUGAAGCGCACCUUCAAAGCGCACCGUUCGCGCUUCCGCUCUCGACUUCCUCGUUCGCGAGACAAAUACAACGAAUUCGCGCGAAGGUGCUCAUUUCAGAGGAAUCUUGAUGACUUCGUCACUACGUGAAAAAGCGUCGAACUGUGGUUUCGCAUUAUAACGUUAAUUGAGCGAUUUGAAAGCUUCUCCGACGACUCCGACAACGCGCCGCGUUUCUCCCGAUGCUGUGCAACCGCGCACUUCGACAGAAGAUCGACGUUCGAUCGGCCCCAAGCUCUCACCGUUUUCGCGAUCCAUCGAAUGAAAAAUUUCGCGAUGUUCGCGAAAUCGCGGGUAAUGAUGUGUGGACUGCACGACUAAUUAUCGCGAUAAUGCGCUUACUUUCGAGCGUUAAAUGUCGGACACGCGAGCGCGUUGAAAGACGAUAAUGAAGAUCGGUGAUCCAUGGGCCGCGGCUAGGAUCGCGUGACCGUCGCGAAAUCCGUACAAAACGAAUGUGUGCACGACGUGAAACAAUGAGAGCAUCAUUUUCUCCUCGCGACGGUGUUGGAAAACCAUCGCUAAUCGCAUCGCGAUCAACGCUAAAGCGCGAUUUCAUUGUAAAUAUGUCCCACUAUUACCGCUGUUACCACUUCUUUAUCUCUUUUAGAAACAAAAAUCUGUAUAACUACAUAAUUUGAUCUACAUAAUUGAUUUGUAUUCUCUAUACACGGGUUCAGAUUACUCUCAGAUAACCAGCAUACGCACAUUGUAAUCAAUUUAAGCGAUCCGAUAAGUAAUGCAGUAAGAAGCACACGAACAAAAUGGUUUAUAUAAUAAAUUAUACGAUAUAAAUUAUACUUAAUUAAUAACAGUUAGAUAAUUCUCUCGUUCACGGGUAAAGCUUGUUCGUUUGUAAUUGUAUAAUCGAUAAAUAUUUACAAAAACAUUUAUAUAAUUCAGAAUUAAUCUGCCUACGUUCACCGUGAUUGCAGAGCUCACUCCGCUACCUUAAUUUAUGCGUUUGCAGCGAAGUACUGUUAAUUACGAUUUUUGGAGGAGCGUUAAGAGAUCAUUUUUAACGAACGUCGUGAAACUGGUUACCCGGCCUCUCCGUGCAAGUUUCCGUAAUCGCGUCAACAUGAAAAGGUCUUUGACACUUUUCACUUUCUGCGUACAGCUUGGCUUAUCUUGGUGAAGCGGCGAUGCGUAGCGGAGAGGUUUAGUUCCCUGGAUUUAUGGUUGCAUUUUCAAGUGACCGGUUAUGUUUCCGGCAGUAAAGACAUCGUCACGCAUCAGAACAAAUAACAUCAUGCCCAAGAAAAUCAGUUUGAGAAAACGUCGACAACAACAUUCCACAAAAGAAGCGAACGGUUCUUGCCACCGGAACAAUGAAUAAUACUACCACUCCCUUUACGAGUAAGUCUCUAUUGGAACCAGUGUAUGCUGAGGCUUUUCCAGUUGAUUCUUGCUGUUGCGAAAAAUUUUCACUCUCGUCGCACGAGUAUAAUGAAACGCGAAAGUGAUCUAUCCCCUCUUGAAGAAGGCAUCGCGUGUAUGUACAGCUUCUAGAUCAGUAACACGCCUCUGCCAGCCACAUAUAUAAGAUGGUAAAAGCAUACGACUGAUCUAUUUAGUGUUAACUUGAGCAACGUGAAGCGAAGACACCGUCCCCAGAGAGAAAAUUCUAUCAUUUCGUUCAAGAUGGGACAUGCGGGACACGCAAGGUUUUUAUUGCCACUCUUUAUGGCUACGGCAAUGAGUUUUCCGAUUUACAACAACUAUGAUAGACGCAUAUACAGGUACGAUCAUUUCCCUACAGCACGAUAUGCUCGUCAAAUUAUGCCUUUCCAUGUGAGGCAAAAUAGGGCCAAUUAUGUCCCAGAAGGAAACGUUUACAACACGAAUGUAUUUAGAAUUCAACAAGAGAAGUUUCAAGAUAGUCAACUUUCAGGCUCUCAAGUUCAACAUUUUAAACGCGAGUUGAUCGAAGAUGGCUAUGAAAAAAACGUUGGUGAUGAAUUAGAUAGCGGAGACAAAAGUGCACCAAGCGCACACAAUUAUCAAGUAUUAGGCAACGAUGAUAAAACUGUUACAAUCAUAAAGAAAGUCGCUGUACCGUACCCUGUAGAGAAAACUGUUCGAUAUCCUGUGAUCAAGAAAGUACUAUAUCCGGUCAAAGUACCUGUUCCGCAGCCGUACGCGAUCGAGAAGACAGUACCAUAUCCCGUGAAAAUCUUUGUCAAAGUUCCCAUCAAAAUUCCAAAGCCGGUACCGGUCUUUAAAGAGGUUCCGUAUCCGGUUCAAGUGCCGGUGGAUCGUCCUGUACCGGUCAAGGUCUAUGUCCCAAAACCAUAUCCCAUUGAGAGAAAGAUACAUUACGAAGUGAAAAUUCCAGUACCGCAGCCAUAUCCGAUAGAACGAAAAAUACCGGUACCGGUGAAGAUACCAGUACACGUAGCUCAGCCCUAUCCGGUCGAGAAAAUUAUUCGUUAUCCUGUGAAGAUCUUGGUGGAUAAACCGGUACCGGUCCCAGUAUCAAAACCAUAUCCAGUAACAAUUGCAAAGCCUGUACCGUAUCCCGUUGAGAAGCCAGUGCCGGUUCCAGUCAAAGUCAAGGUGGAGAGACCGGUACCGAUUCCGGUGGACCAUCCAGUACCGUACAAGGUGACGGUUCCGGUUCCGGCGCCGUAUCCGGUCGAAAAAAAUGUACCAUAUGCCGUCGAGAAAUAUGUACCUGUACCGGUAAAGAUACCGAUAGAGAGGCCUGUGCCGAUUCACGUGAGCAAGCCAAUCGAGUAUCACGUUGAAAAACCUGUUCCCUAUCCGGUUAAGAUACCAGUCGCGGUGCCGAUAGACGAGAGUACCGAACACCGAUAGAUCCGGGGAUCCUAUAGAAUGUAAUCAUUCAUGAAAAACGAGUCAUUGGAUAUAAAUGACGAUGUAGCUGCCAGAGGCUUCGUACUUCGAUCAUGACAUUUCUCAGCUCAAAGAUAUGUAAUAAUUGUAAAAAAAAAACAUAACAUUUAGAUUUAUAAGCAGACUCUUAAUACGAGGCUAAACUUAAUAAAGUACUUAAGCAUUCGCUGCUUCUCUUCUUCUAGGGGAUAUUUAUUUGCAUUGAAGGAAUUUUUUACUCUUUAACGCAUAAGAAAGGUAUAAGUAUACGCCAUUCUCGCUAUAUGUAUAUUACUGUACUCGGUAUAAUGUCGAUGUCAUCUUCAUCAUAAUGCAUAGUAUUACCAAGAAUUAUUGUAACAUUGUGCAAACAAGUUCGGUUAACGUUUAAUAAAGAAAUGCUCCGACCCAAUUCCAAAUUCUGAUUUAAAAUUAAAGGAUUACAAAACAAUAUAUAGGUUAAAUAAAUAAAAAUUUAAUACGCUUUUAUUGGAUUUGUAUGUAUAAUGUACUUGAUCCUAAUUCUUGUCUUUAUAAUAGUUGUUAAUUAACAGCUUCAUUGGAAUGAUCAACGCGUAAAAGAAGAUAAUUGAUCAAAUAAGAUAGUUAGUAGAAUUUAAUUGGACAAGUUGCAAUUAACUUCUUACGAUACGUUCAAGACCAUUAAGGCCUCUUUCCGUCACAGCUCUAAUAACAGUCGUGUUUACUUUCGCCAUACCGGAAUGACAUGUUGUAACUGAUCUAUACGAAAUACAACAGUUAAUUGACGAUA